GGUGUGUGUGAUGGGGAACGCGGAGAGCAUGGAGAGCCAGCUGGCCGUGAUCCGGUCCAGAGCCGCGCCGGUCCGCCUCCCGAUGCCCGACCCGGCCGAGCUGGAGGAGAGGUUCUCCAUCGCUCUGAAUUCGAUGAACCUGCCUCCUGACAAGGUGCGUCUGCUGCGUUCUUACGACAACGAGAAGAAGUGGGAGCUGAUCUGCGAUCAGGUGGGUGGUGUUAAUAAAGGUGACGAGUUUGAAUGUGUCCCUGCGGUCUGGCGGAGCUCAGAGAAACGAUGUGAAGGAGGUCUGAGCGUGUCCUCCAGAAUCCGUGGGUGAGGUUUUUAACCGAUGUUUGCUUUAAACCUGAAGUCGGUUCGGGUCGAUCAGACGU